AUGUAUUCUGAUUCCCCUUCACCAGUUCUUAAAAAUGCAAUAUCCCUACCAACAAUUGGAGGAUCUCAAGCUUUAGUCUUGCCAUUGUUAUCUGCUGUGACUUUUAAUUCCAAAACAGACUCUUACAGCCCAUACAAGUCACCAAGACAUGGCUGUGAGCCAGUUUUGGAAGAAAAAAUUCUAGAAAAAAUGUCAGCCUUAUGA